CAUCACCUGGAUCUCCAUAGUGCUCAGUCUCACUCUCCCCUGCAGCUAGAGACAUGGCGAAGGAAAGAGACGGCGUGGAUAACCCAACGUUUGAGAGUGCAGUGAACACCGUAAUAUCAAAACCUAAAACACCUUAGCGGAAUUGAGUUGUCACCGCCUGCUAUUUGCAGAAGCGACGCGGUUGCCGGGGAGGGAGAUAGAAGAUGUUAAUCAUUAUAAAAUCAUGUCGUCAUUUGAUACAAAAGACCCCAGCCUUGAAAAGAAGAAAAUCUUGGACAAUGCUCGGAACAAGUUGGCGUAUACAGUGACAGAUGUGCCCCCGUGGUACAUGUGUAUUUUUUUGGGCAUCCAGCAUUACCUGACCGCCCUCGGUGGGAUUGUCGCUAUUCCAUUGAUCUUAUCCAAAGACCUGUGCAUAACCCAUGACCCCCUGACACAGAGUCACCUGAUCAGCACCAUCUUCUUUGUCUCUGGGAUUUGCACCCUCCUGCAAGUUUUUUUUGGGGUCAGAUUACCAAUCUUACAAGGAGGAACUUUUACCUUCUUGACCCCAACCCUUGCAAUGCUCUCACUUCCCAAGUGGACAUGCCCAGAGUGGACCCAAAAUGCCAGCCUGGUCAAUGCAACAUCGCCAGAAUUUGUGGAUGUUUGGCAGUCACGGAUACGGGAGGUUCAAGGAGCCAUUAUGGUUGCAUCCUGCUUUCAGAUCAUAGUUGGCUUUUCCGGUUUGAUUGGCUUCCUUAUGCGAUUCAUUGGUCCCUUAACAAUCGCUCCCACUAUUACUCUCAUCGCUCUUCCCCUCUUCGACUCUGCUGGUCACGAAGCAGGAACCCACUGGGGGAUAUCUAUUAUGACGACCUUCUUCAUCGUCUUGUUUUCUCAAUACCUACGGAAUAUCCCCUUUAUUAUCCCGUACUACUCAAAAGAUAACAGAAAGUGGCAGUACUCCAGAACAUAUAUCUUCCAGAUCUUUCCGGUGCUUCUUGGUAUCUCCAUUUCUUGGUUAAUCUGCUAUGUUUUGACAAUCACCAAUGUCUUCCCAUCCAAGCCUGAGACUUAUGGGUAUUUUGCUAGGACUGAUGUCAAAGGGAAUGUCUUAUCUCAAGCUCCGUGGUUCCGUUUUCCUUAUCCAGGCCAAUGGGGUGUGCCUACCGUCAGUCUGGAGGGUGUGUUUGGAAUUUUGGCUGGAGUCAUUUCAUCCAUGGUUGAGUCGGUGGGUGAUUACCAUGCAUGCGCACGUCUUUCUGGAGCACCACCCCCACCAAAGCAUGCCAUAAACAGAGGAAUUGGAAUAGAAGGGAUCGGUUGCCUAUUAGCCGGAGCCUGGGGCACCGGAAAUGGGACUACAUCUUACAGUGAGAAUGUCGGCGCCCUGGGAAUCACAAGGGUUGGGAGUCGGAUGGUGAUCAUUGCUGGUGGGGUACUGAUGCUUCUGUUGGGAAUUUUUGGUAAAAUUGGUGCUGUUUUUGCCACUAUCCCCUCUCCGGUGAUCGGUGGAAUGUUUCUGGUAAUGUUUGGAGUAAUAUCUGCUGUCGGAAUGUCCAAUUUGCAGUACGCCGACAUGAAUUCGUCAAGGAACUUAUUCAUUGUUGGAUUCUCCAUAUUUUCUGGUCUUACUGUUCCAAACUGGGUGAAUAAGAAUCCAACACUGCUACAGACAGGUAUUAUUCAACUAGACCAAGUCAUCCUGGUGCUGCUGACCACAGGAAUGUUUGUAGGUGGGUUCCUAGGAUUCUUCCUGGAUAACACUAUACCAGGUACAAAAGAAGAAAGGGGAAUAGCCGCAUGGAAUGAAGUCAAUGAAUCGAAUGAGGAGAACUGCUCUGAUGUUGGAGAAGUCUAUGAUCUUCCAUUUGGCAUUGGCACAAAAUUCUGCACUUCUGCUUGGCUCCGAUAUGUUCCUUUCUGUCCGAAACCCAGAGAGUUGCCCUUUGUCACUCACGAAAACAGCAAUCUGAAUAACUGCACAGAAACUAACCACUGAUUGUAAACAUAGAUUUGGCACCAAAUGAAUAGGAUCACUGGAGAAGCCUUGCUCCACGUUUUGAAAGCACGGUGGUGUAUGAAAGUUGUUGAAGUCUAAACCACAUAUUAUCUACAUUUCUAACAGUCCAUCAUCAUCAUGCUUUUGUGCAGAUGAAAGCGGUGAUCAGUCUUCCUAUUACACAUGUAAUUAAUAAUUGUCAUUACAGUAUUGUAAGACCUCUUGUAAGAAGUUUAUUAAACCCCAUUUGCUGGAAAAAAUCUUCAUC